AUGGAGUUUAAGUUUAUUACACUUCAGGCCCUCAUACUCCUCCAAAUCACACUUCCCACCCCAACAGCCUCCUCCAACACCUGCAACUUCCAGGCCAUCUUCAACUUCGGCGACUCCAACUCCGACACCGGCGGCUUUUCAGCAAUUUUCGGCCAAGCCCCACCGCCCAACGGCCGGACUUACUUCCACUCCCCCGCCGGCCGGUACUGCGACGGCCGCCUCAUAAUCGAUUUCAUGGCUGAGAAGCUGGGACUGCCCCAUCUGAGUGCUUAUCUUGAUUCGAUUGGCUCGAAUUUCAGCGGCGGAGCCAAUUUCGCGACGGCGGGCUCCACCAUCCGCCGGCAAAACACGACCCUUGCACAGAGUGGCUACAGUCCGGUUUCCCUACAAGUUCAGUACAUUCAGUUUUCUGAUUUUAUGAGCAGAUCGAAAAUCAUUCGAAAACAAGAUUACUUUCACAAUUUGCUGCCAAAAGAAGAUUACUUCUCUCGGGCAUUAUACACGUUCGACAUAGGCCAGAAUGACCUCACCGCCGGUUAUAAGCUCAACCUCUCGACCGAGCAAGUCAAGGCUUACGUGCCCGAUUUAUUAUCUCAGUUCUCGACCAUUGUAAAGCUUGUGUACGCUCUCGGAGGAAGAUCAUUCUGGAUACACAACACGGGUCCGGUUGGCUGUUUGCCGUAUGUAAUGGAUCGGUUUUUAGUCACUGCAGCACAGAUUGAUAAAUAUGGCUGCUCGAGCCCGUACAAUGAUGUCUCAAAGUAUUUCAAUCUUAAACUGAAGGACACAGUUUAUCGACUUAGAAAGGAACUCCCACUGGCUGCUGUUACCUAUGUUGAUGUUUAUUCUGUCAAAUAUUCUCUCAUCAGCCGAGCUAAGGAACUCGGAUUCGAGAACCCGUUUCUUGUUUGCUGUGGUCACGGAGGGAAAUAUAAUUACAAUGCACUUUUCAAAUGCGGCGUGAAGAAUGUUGUGAACGGGAAAGAGAGUGUAUUCGCCAGGUCAUGUGUGGACCCAUCGAUCCGGAUAAGCUGGGAUGGGGCCCACUUUACCGAGGCGGCCAACAAAUGGAUCUUUGACCAGAUUGUGAACGGUUCGUUUUCGGAUCCUCCCGUUUCGCUCGAUUUUGCCUGUAGUAGGAUUCAAAGCUGA